AUGAGCAUCCCCAAGAAAGUUGAAACUUGGGCGGUGACUUCAAUGACAACUUCAUCUAGAAGAAGCAAGAGAUCUGAACCUGCAUCAUCAGCUGAGCCUAUAGAGUUCAGCAAAGAUCAGUACUCCAUCCUCAUGGAGAUCAAAGAUCAAUAUGAGCUUAAGGCACCAGCAGAAAUGAAGACGGCUUACAAGAACAGAGAUAAAAGCAAGUACUGUCAUGUCCACAAAGAUUGUGGUCAUGAGACAAACAAGUGUAAGCAUCUGAAAAGAGCGUUGGAGGGCUUAGCUUGCAAGGGUAAAAUGAACUCCUAUUUAUCUCAGGCAAGUAGAAAAUUCCAGAAAAAAGACAAUCGUCAAGGGAGAAGAAAAGAUGAUGAAAGCACUGACGAAGAUGUAGUGCUAGUGAUUUCUGGAGGAUUUGCAUCAGGAGGUCCUACAAAUCGCGGCCACAAGAAUUAUUUGCGGGAACUCAGCCAGGUAAUGCUUACCAACCAAGCAGAGUCUGAUCCUUUCCCAAAAAUUGUGGUCAGCGAGCAGGAUCGUGGGAAGAUAAGAACGCGUCAUGAUGACCCACUGAUGGUAGAGAUGAAAAUUGCAAAUCUCAGGGUAAGACGAAUCCUGAUUGAUACAGGGAGUUCUACCAAUAUCAUCAGUGCGGAUUGUCUGUCAAGGUUGAAGUUUGAUGAAGAUAAUUUAGUACCAGUCAAUCAUCCUAUUAUUGGAUUCGGAGGAGGAGUCAUUCAUCCCAUGGGGACAGUCACUCUACCCGUCAGGGUAAGAGAUAAAGAGGUCGCUCGAACGCUCUUUGUGAAAUUCUUGGUGGUACGAGAUUUGACAGCUUUUAAUGUCAUCCUCGGACGACCCACCUUGAACCACAUCAAGGCUGUCAUAGUGACUCAUCUGAUGCUGAUGAAAUUCGAGUGUGAUGGAGGGAAAAUUGGAUCCUUAUAUGGAGAUCAGCAAGCAGCAAGGGAAUGCUACCUUACCACUCUAAAACCAUCAUCAUGGAAAGGCGAAAAGUCAGAGCGGCGAACGGCCAUGGAGGAUGAGCCAACCGAGAAAUUAAAAGGCCAGAUAAGCUAG